UGUGUGUGUGUGUGUGUGUGUGUGUGUGUGUGUGUGUGUGUGUGUGUUUGAAGAGUCCGCGCAGAGCAGAGAGAACAGAGAAGUAAACCACGCUUUGAACCAAACACGACUACUUUUCCGCUACUUCUUAAACACUAUCCUAAUAACCGGUGAACUGUUAUCCGGUAUGACCAACCACCGCCUUCCCCCGACGGCUACCGCCGGGAUGCAGCACCCCGGGAAGGAGCACCUGUACAAGGUGUUAGUGAUUGGAGACCUGGGUGUGGGCAAGACCUCCAUUAUUAAGCGGUACGUUCACCAGAGUUACUCCACCAACUAUCGCGCCACCAUCGGCGUGGAUUUCGCCCUGAAGGUUCUCAACUGGGACUCAGAGACCGUCCGGCUACAGCUCUGGGACAUCGCUGGCCAGGAGCGUUUCGGGAACAUGACCCGUGUAUAUUAUCGAGAGGCCAUGGGAGCAUUCAUCGUGUUUGACGUGACGCGGCCAACCACCUUUGAGGCCAUCACCAAGUGGAAGGAAGACCUGGACUCUAAACUCAUGCUAACCAAUGGACAGAGCAUUGCCACGGUCCUCUUGGCUAAUAAGUGUGACCAGGGACGGGAGGUACUGACCAACAACAACAUCAAAAUGGAUCAGUUCUGUAAAGACAAUGGCUUUGUGGGAUGGUUCGAGACUUCAGCCAAGGACAACACCAACAUCAACGAAGCUGCCAACUUCCUGGUGAAACACAUCAUGGCAACAGAGAACGACAUCCUGAAGUCGGUGGUCCCAGACACAAUCUCCCCUCAGCUGGAUGACUCUCAGCCUGGGACCUGCUCAGCCUGCUUCAAACCCUAGAGACCAGAGACACUUCCCCGACCUGUUGGGUCAAGACUUUAGGGAGCAGAAGCAGUGAAGAGCUGUGAGUGGCGACACUUUCCUUCACACAAGUGUCCCAAAUCACCACAUAAUAUUCUUAUUGCUAAAUUGUGGGGGAGGAGCGAGGAGGUUAAUGAUGUGACACAUAUGUGAAUGUCUCACUGCACCUGUUUGUCUGAAUUUCAUGCUUGUUUUAUUAUUCAAAAGUGGAAGAUUAAUUGCAUUGUUUCGGUCAAAGUGUGUCUCUAAGUUGGUGGGUUUAUUGAUCUGCUUCCUGGAAGUCACCCUCUGAGUUUCGUCUGAAACAUGUGACACUGGAAGGCACUCCGAGCAGGUUGGUAGGGGCAACGGGCUGGGUUCAGAUUCCUUGUUGAACAGACUUGUUGUGGGAAACAUAGCGCAGAUGUUAUUUUGAUGUUUUUGAUGAUAUUUUUGUCAGACAAGAAGAGACUCGGAGCCACAGCCAUUGGUUUUACAAAUGUAACGAAGCUCUGCUCUGUUCUAACUUAAAGGCUUCAUAGUAAAUUUUUUAUAGACCCAGAUACCUCCAAUGGUGUCAGUGUGUCUGUCUGUGUUUUAAACUUUAUUUAACCAGCUCUGUUCCCAUGGUAACUGAUUCAAAGCUUGUGAUGUGGCGUGUGCGUGUGCGUGUGUGUGCGUGUGUGCGUGUGUGCGGGUGUGUA